AUGCAGGCUUUAGAUGCUGUAACCACUCUAAUCAAAAUAGUAGAAGCUGCAGAGCAAGACCUUAUGAAGCCCAAACAUCAUGCUGGAGGAAUAAUGAUGGUGUCGCUGCUCGAAACCAUCGAGUUACUGUCUGCCAAGCUCUGCAUUCUGCAAGCAUUUUUGGAGGAGGAGCUAAAUAUCGAGUAUGAGACGAUAAUGCGGCAGUAUUGCGACCUUGAAGAUGAAGUUGUUAGAAUAUAUGACGAGUAUGAAAUAAGAUCGAAACUGGGACCAAUCUAUUCGAAAGCUAAUAAAUGCGAGCAUCUUCUUGUGACCUUGAGAGUAAUAGUAAGAAAAAUUGAGGAAGUUGAAGAAUUGAUGCUGAAGAUAAAAAAAGAAACUGAUUUAGACCCUGAUGACGAAGUUUGGGAUACCUACCAAAGUGCUUUAGAGCCCGAGAAUGAAGUAAUUGUAGGAUUCCACACUGAAAUAGAGACAAUAGUUAACCGCCUCUGUUAUUUACACUUUAUGAGAUCAGUUUUCACCAUUUUGAGGAAUAGUAACAUUCACAAGUUUCGGAAAUAUGUUGAAAAUCCUGUGCUGAAACUACAAGUUAUCCCACUCGUUGGGGAAGGAGGCAUAGGAAAAACUACAUUAGCCAAAAGAGUCUAUGGACAUUCAACUACUAUUGCUAGCUUUCACAUUCGAGCGUGGGUUGUUUUGACUCAGUUUCCUAACCUCAAAGAGAUUCUCAUUGGUCUAUUACGUUGUAUUUCACCAAUAACAAGUGAAAUCUACACCCUGGACCAUGCUCAAAUAGCUGAGCAAUUAUGCACAAGUUUGAUGGGCAAGAAGUAUUUAAUUUUCCUGGAUGACAUAUGGACCACUGCUGCAUGGGAUGCCAUGAAAGGACAUUUUCCAGAGAAUUUUAAUGGAAGCCGAAUCUUAGUAACUACUCGGUUCAAAGAGGUGUCUGAAUACUUAAGUACGAAUCCCUACCAAGUGAAAUAUCAAAGUGUAGAGAAUCUAUGGGAAUUACUUUCAAGGAAAGUGUUUAGGCAAAGCCGGGUUCAACCCGUGGACAACGGAGACAUGAGGAGCAAACUUCGUAUUGCGAACAGGAUUGUUUAUCGUUGCAGUGGAUUACCACUAGGAGUUGUUGUGAUUGCCGGACUUUUAGCCGCAACAAAAGAGUCCCUACAAAUAUGGAGAGAUGUUGAGGAAAGUUUGGAUGGAGUUGAAAAUGAAAAUAGAAUUUCAAAAAUACUUUCAUUGAGCUACAACUACUUACCUCCUCAUUUGAAACCUUGCUUUCAUUAUUUUGGUGUGUUUCCUGAAGAUAAUGUCAUUCCCGUUAAGAGAUUAAUCAAUUUAUGGGUUGCAGAGAGAUUUUUAAUGCCACAUAAAAAUAUGAGUUUGGAAGAGGUGGCAGAGAGUUACUUGCAUGAUCUCAUUAAUAGAAAUCUAGUUCGAAUUAAUGAGCUAAGUAUUGACGGCAAAGUUAAAUCAUGUAACAUUCAUGAUCGAGUGCACGAGGUUUGUGUGAGAGAAGCAAUUAAUGGGAAUACAUUGUGCAUUACCAAUGACAACCAUGCUCCAAAAGCUAGUCAUUGGUUAAGUUGUCAAACAAGUCAUUGGCCAAUCACUCAAGCGAGUUAUGUGAAUUGCCGUCCUGAUGAAAUCCAUUCUAUUCUCUGGUUUGGUAAAGAUGUAUACCGUUCCAAAUGCAGGUUGGUAUACCCAUGCUUGAAAUUGCUAAGAGUAUUGGAUUUAUCAUUUGUUAAAUGGUCACGAGGCAUGCCUGGUGAAAUAACAUAUUUGGUUCAUUUGAGAUACCUGUCUUUAAGUACCAUUGGUUCUCUUUACGAGCUUCAAUUUCUCAAGCUUAAAAAUUUGCUAACUCUCAUAGUUACUUCGUGGAUGGAAAAAUGUCCUUUGCAACUGCCAUGUGAUAUUUUGGGUUUGCCACAAUUGAGGCAUUUACAUGUUGACAAGAGAUGUUCACAGUAUCUCCCUUGCUUAGUCAAAAAGGAUCUACAAACUCUUUAUUGGUUGAAAGUUGCUAACUCCGAUGAAAAACCAAACUUUAGAAUGGUUCCAAACCUAAUGGAACUUGGGAUUUACAUUGAAGGUCAAUUGGCGCCUAGCCAUCUAGGCAGCCUUGUGUAUUUACAUCUACUUGAGAAGUUGAAGCUUUCCACCAAACCUUAA